AGGUGUCAGAUUUGGCGCCAUUUCUACUUAAGUGUGUUUUACCUUAUUUUUUAUUUCCAGUAUUUUCAAUUCGUAAAGCCCGAAAUAAUUUGUAAUUAACGAUGGGUAUUAUAGGUUUAUCAAAGUUAAUCGCAGAUAUUGCUCCACAAGCAGUUAAAGAAAUGGAAAUUAAGAAUUACUUUGGUAGAAAAGUCGCUAUCGAUGCAUCUAUGAGUUUAUAUCAGUUUUUAAUAGCCGUUAGAAGUGAAGGGGCACAACUUACCUCCGUGGAUGGAGAGACUACUUCACACUUGAUGGGCACCUUUUACCGAACAAUAAGGCUAGUGGAAAAUGGACUUAAGCCAGUCUAUGUCUUUGAUGGUAAGCCUCCUGAGAUGAAAUCACACCAGCUGAAUAAGAGAGCAGAGCGACGAGAGGAAGCUGAAAAGGAAUUGCAAAAAGCCACAGAAGCAGGGGACCAGGCCUCAAUAGAAAAGUUUAACAGACGACUUGUGAAAGUAACAAAACAGCAUGGAGAGGAAGCUCGGGAGCUUUUGAAGUUGAUGGGAGUGCCUGUUGUUGAAGCACCUUGUGAGGCUGAAGCGCAAUGUGCAGCAUUGGUAAAAGCAGGCAAAGUUUUUGCAGUGGCGACAGAGGAUAUGGAUGCCCUUACCUUCGGUUCUAAUGUCCUACUCCGACACUUGACUUUCUCUGAGGCCCGAAAAAUGCCAGUUCAAGAAUUCCAUCUGGAUCAAGUUUUGAAUGGAUUGGAGCUUAAUCAUAAAGAGUUUAUCGACCUUUGCAUACUCCUUGGAUGUGACUACUGUGGGUCCAUAAGGGGAAUAGGCCCCAAACGGGCCAUCGACCUUAUAAAGCAACAUCGGUGUCUCGAAGAUGUAUUGAGAAAUAUUGAUUUAAAUAAAUACCAACCACCAGAGAACUGGGAUUAUUUGGAUGCGAGGCGAUUGUUUUUGGAACCCGAAGUUACUGAUGCUGAUAAAAUUGAGUUAAAAUGGAGUGACCCUGACGAAGAAGGCCUAGUUAAGUUUCUAUGUGGAGACAAACAAUUCAAUGAAGAAAGAGUCAGAAAUGGCGCCAAGAAAUUGUUCAAAGCUAGAACUGGCACUACGCAGGGACGGCUUGAUGGAUUUUUCAAGGUACUCUCAACGACACCGAACCCAAAACGUAAAGCUGAAGAAGAGAAGAAUAAAUCAAAUAAAAAAGCAAAAACUGGUGGUGGACGGGGAAGGAAACCAAAAUAAAUCUUAUGAUAAUCUGUGUCGUAAUUAUGAAGAUAUGACAUAAAUUAAGAAACUCUGAAAUAAAACACUUUAAUGUUAAAAAACCAAUUCAUAAAACGAAAUAGAGUCUAAUUGCACUCUUUUCAAUAAUUCUUCCGUCUCUUAAAUCUACUAAAAUGACACAUUUUAAUUUAAAAAUAAAAUAAAACGUAGGAAAAAUAAUAAUAAAAUUACGGGUUAUUUUAUAAAGGUGUAUUUUGCCCCCUUUUCAUGAAAAAAAACGAUGCACCAUUUCGAUCAAAGUACUAAUGUGACUCCUUUCAACACAGCGUAAAUACAAUUUGA